UCCUUGCCUGGUCCUCCUCCAGCGCCUCGAAGGGGCGCUUGUGGCCACAGCGGGAGGAGAAGCAGUCGGGUGAAGGGGAACGAAGGUGUCGGAAUCUCAAGUGCGACGGCUGUAGGCGCGAGAAUGCACACAAUUGGGGUUUGUACUGCUUCUCUUGGCUCACUGGGCCUCAUGCGAUUCUUCGGUGUGUCCUGGACAUGGAGUAUUGCAGUCACUUUGGGCAUUUAUAUUGGCAGUGGUGGGUGGAACUUUCUCCGCAUCAUCUUUAAGACAGCCCUGAGAGAUUUACUAGGACUCUCGGUGCUUUUGCGAGUCAAAUAUGAACUGUAUCAUCACAGGAAAGCCAAAAAUAAUAUUCCCAAGAUAUUCCAGAAAGUAGUCUGGAAACAUCCAGACAAAGUGGCCUUGAUUUAUGAAGCUACUGAUGACAAGUGGACAUUCCAGCAACUGGAUGAAUAUUCCAACUGUGUGGCCAACUUCUUUUACCAGCAAGGUUUUCGUGAGGGUGAUGUAAUCGCUAUCUUCAUGGAGAACCGACCAGAAUUUGUAGGCUUCUGGUUGGGGAUGGCCAAAGUGGGUAUUGAGGCAGCUCUCAUCAACUUCAACUUGCGUCUUGACUCAUUGACUUACUGUGUGAAAACCUCAGGAGCAAAAGCCAUCAUCUUUGGUGGGGAGCUAUCAGAAGCAAUCUCUGAAGUGAACGGCAUCCUGGGAAAAAAUAUGACUAGGUUCUGUUCCGGAGAUUUUGUACCUGAAUCCUGCUCUCCAGAUACUAAGCACUUGGACCCUCUGCUGGCGCAGACAUCGAAAUCUCCUCCAACUCAUGUUUCAACCAAGGGAUUAGAUGAUCGGCUGUUCUACAUUUACACCUCUGGAACAACUGGAAUGCCAAAAGCUGCCAUUGUGGUGCACAGUAGAUAUUACCGAAUUUCUGCUUUUGGUUAUUACGCUUACAGAGUGACCCAAGAUGACAUAAUCUAUAACUGUCUACCACUGUACCACUCAGCAGGGAACAUCAUGGGUAUCGGCCAGUGUGUGGUUCAUGGUCUGACGGUAGUGAUUAAGAAGAAAUUUUCUGCCAGUCGCUUCUGGGAUGACUGUGUGAAAUACAAGUGUACAAUCAUCCAAUAUAUCGGGGAGAUUUGCAGAUACCUGCUGAACCAACCAGUGCGGGAGGCAGAAAGGCAGCACCAGGUGCGGCUAGCUAUUGGAAACGGCUUGAGGCUCACCAUUUGGGAAGACUUCACACAGCGCUUCCGAAUCAAACAGAUUGGAGAAUUCUAUGGGGCUACUGAGUGUAACUGUAGCAUUGCUAAUGUAGAUGGAAAGGUGGGAGCCUGUGGCUUCCAUAGCCGGAUUUUGCCAAAUGUAUAUCCUAUCCGCUUGGUGAAAGUUAAUGAGGAUACCAUGGAGCUAAUACGUGGCACAAAUGGACUUUGUAUCUCCUGUCAACCAGGAGAACCCGGACUUCUUGUGGGCAGGAUAAACCAAGAAGACCCCUUGCGGAGAUUUGAUGGCUAUGUCAAUCAGAAUGCAACUAACAAGAAAAUAGCUUAUAAUGUCUUCCAAAAAGGAGAUCAGGCUUAUCUUACAGGAGAUGUCCUAGUGAUGGAUGAUCUCGGCUAUAUGUACUUCAAAGACCGCAGUGGGGAUACAUUCCGCUGGCGUGGGGAGAACGUUUCCACCACAGAAGUUGAGGGAAUCCUCAGCCAUAUUCUCAGCAAGACAGAUGUGGCCGUUUAUGGGGUAGAGGUACCAGGAGUAGAAGGCAAGGCUGGAAUGGCAGCUAUUGCUGACCCAAAAGCAAAACUGAAUCCUAACAUUCUGUAUUUGGAGAUACAGAAAGCAUUACCUCCAUAUGCACGGCCUAUCUUCCUCCGAUUUCUGCCACAGGUUGACACCACAGGCACUUUCAAGAUUCAGAAGACCCGUUUACAAAGGGAAGGCUACAAUCCACACCAGAUGUCGGAUCGGUUAUACUUUUUGGAUGUGAAACUUGGCAAGUACCUACCAAUAGAUGAGUGCAUUUUUGAGAGGAUCCAAACUGGAAAAAUGUCUCUUUGAUUUAAUUGGUGAGAAGACGCAUAAAGAUCCUGAUGUCGAAAGGUCUUGUUUUGGUAGAGAAAUAGACUUGAAUAAAUAAGCAAAACAAGAUUUUAAUAUGCAACAGGGAAAAACCCCACUAUGAUGUGAGAGCAAGAUGGUUUUCCUUCC